AUGGCCGUAACCGAAGUUGGCUGCAUGGGCGUCAAGCUCAACAUGAACAUCAUGGACCAUACCACCCCAGAGGGUAAGAUUCUGACUGAUGCUUGGAAGACUGUCACCAGCAAGCCUGGUGGACCUCAAAGAGUAUACUGGGGCUUAGAAUCAGUUGAUGCAUCGAAGGUCUGGGGCUUUUUCGACUUUGAUUCCGUCGAGCAGCAUCGUCGGUUUGCUGAAGAAUACGGCGCUGAUGCAGUCAAAGAUAUACCCAAGAUCUGCACGUAUGGAGAGUUCACAAAACAUAUUAAGAUGGUUCCGUCCUCAGAUGUUCUUGGAUCUCCUCUCACAGAGAUUAUACUAGCAUACUUCCCCCAAAACAUCUCACACGAAAAGAAAGAAACUCUAUCGUCCAAAAUUCAAGAGAUUCUCAGAGAAGCGUUUCCUGCUGAUGCCAGAGUUGCUCACGCCUGGGGUGUGGAGAAUGACUUUCCAGCAAGAAGUGAAGAUGGAGAACUAAGAUCAGUUCUCAUGGGUUUUGUUGGACUUUCUCAUUCUGAAGCUUGGGGAGAUCAUCGUCAGACAGAUGGUUGGAAAGAGACACUCUCGAGUAUUGAAGGGCUGGAGGGCUGUACUAGUAUUUAUAGCUUUGCGUUAAGCUGCCAGCAUCUGGAAAGGGUCUGA